GAGGGGAAGGGAAAAAGGCCGGUGGAUGCGGUCGUUGUCGUGGUCAUCGCGGUGUUUGAGAUGCGAUCAUCGAUCGAAUCGCGCCACGGUGAACAGUGGCCACGCUCGACGAGGAUUUAUCGGCGCGGCAGAUAGCGAUAACGUAUGAGAGGAGAAGCGGGUUCCAUGAGAAGUGCGGUCUUCAUCCCCGCCGACCGCGGAGGAACGUUUGACCGGUUUUCGCGCGCCGGUUUCCGCGAACUGUGAAUCAUGAGACGACGCAAUAACGGGUGCUGCUGCCAGAGCAGCAGAAGGAUGGUCGGCCGUGGCGGAUGCAACGACUCGGAGGGGAACGAACCGCCCGUGUGGUGUAUUUACGCGACGGUCGCUUUGGUCGCUGUCGCCUGUUACUUGAACGCGUUAGGUGGUGAUUUCGUGCACGACGAUAUACCCGCGGUGGUGAGGAACAAGGACGUGCUCGCUCAAACCCCUUUGACCAGCCUCCUGAACAACGAUUUUUGGGGCACGCCUAUGCGCGACGUUAACAGCCACAAGAGUUACAGACCGUUGACAACGUUAACGUUUCGGUUAAAUUACUUGAUGUCGGGAUUAACGACAAGCUGGUAUCACGCAACGAAUAUUGCCCUACACGCCAUUGCAUGCGUUUUGGUCACAAAGGUGAGCCUAGCGGUAGCAUCAUUGCGUCCAGGAUUUGCUGCCUUGACAGGCUUGCUGUUUGCUGCUCAUCCUGUACACACUGAAGCGGUAACUGGGAUCGUAGGACGAGCAGACGUACUCGCGUGCAUCUUCUUCUUGUUGUCCUUUCUAGCUUAUCAUGGGCAGCCGACGGCUUAUGUAUGGAGCAGCGUGUGCCUAGGGGCGCUGUCAAUGCUUGCCAAGGAAACAGGCAUUACUGUUUUGCUUCUAAACCUUCUUUACGACCUCUGUCGCUCCUGGCAUUCAAUCAAGAGAUCUAUUUUCGAGGCGAGAUGGAACGACGACUCGAGACACUUUUCUCGUCGAGCUGCCGCCCUACUUUUUUCGUUUGGUGUGUUGUUGGUGGUACGUCUUGCCCUCCUUCACGGCACUCUACCAAAGUUCUCGCCUCAGGAUAAUCCGGCAGCUUUUCAUCCCUGUUUCCACGUGAGAUUCUUGACGUUUUGCUAUCUGGCAGCCCUGCAUUGUUGGUUAUUACUUUGUCCAGCGACGCUGUCUCAUGAUUGGCAGAUGGGAUCCGUUCCUUUGGUUGCCUCGUUGGCCGACACCAGAAAUCUGGCCACCUGUCUAUUCUUCGGCGGUUGCCUGAUCCUAACCUACAAAGCCUUCACGGACUUCGAGCAACAGAGGCAUCCGCCUCUUCUUCUUGGUUGGAUGUUCCUGGUACUACCGUUCCUGCCCGCAUCCAAUCUUUUUAUUACCGUUGGAUUCGUCGUCGCGGAACGUGUACUCUACAUGCCCAGUGUCGGGUGGAUCCUGCUGGUCGUGUAUGGGAUGCAAAUCAGCUGGACGGCUAUUCCACGUAGAAGAAGUUUGAUCACGAUGGGAAUCGUUCUUCUUCUACUCCUAGGAUGCUAUAAAACGGUGUUGAGAAACAGAGAUUGGAUGUCUAGAGAGAGUCUGAUCAGGGCUGGUCUGCGGUCUCUUCCCCACAACGCUAAGAUGCAUUACAACUUUGCCAACUUUCUGCGAGACACAUCGCAACCGAACCGUGCGAUUCUACAUUACCAGUUGGCCCUUUGGCUGUGGCCGACGUACGCCAGUGCGCAUAACAACCUCGGAACACUCACGGUGGGCGAUCAAGCGGAGCAACACUUUUUGGCAGCAAUACACGCUCAACCGGGCCACGUGAACGCUCAUUACAAUCUUGGCCAGCUUUACAGGAAAACGAACAGGACAGAGGAGUGUAUACGGAUGUUGCAAAAAUGUGUAUCCCUGGAUCCAGCGUACACACCAGCCUAUCUGGUCCUGGCGAGGUUGGCAACCGGUCCAACAGCGGGCGCACUUCUGCGACACGUUGUCCGGCUACAACCACGAAGCCCCGACCAUCUCACGGAAUAUGCUUCGUGGCUGUACCAGAAUGGCAAAUGGCUGCCCUCCCUCAAGUACUAUCUCAAAGCCAUGGAGAUCUCGCCCUCGCACAGAUCGUCGCUUCUGGGAACGGUCAGGAUACUGAGGUCGCGGGGUCAGUGGCCAAGGGUGCAUCAGCUCAUCACUAGGUGGCACCUGAUGUUACGAGCGAAAAGGGGCGGCCUCGUAUAUCGCGGUGAUCUUUACAUACGCGCGUGGCAGUUGCAAAGUGAAUCUCGUCGUCGUGCGCAUCAGCAUCAAGGAAAUAUCUGCUUGUCGGAGGGCGGCUGUUCGACACCGCGUGUCGCCAGUGUGUCAGUACAGCUCGAGCAGGACAGCAACAAGUCGGAGCAGCUUGAGCGGGCGCCACGUUGCAACGUACGUACCUGUAGACAGUCGAGAAAGGGGAAGGCACGUGUGACCGCUCCCGCCCUCCUCGUCCAGAACCUCCUGGAGACCCUCUAGCUCGCGAGACUCUUCGGCUAACCCCUCGCCCCUGUGAUUUCUGUGUCUCAUCCUCCUCCCCCGGUCUCGCUUUGAACGAAGGAUUCGACGAGUUCUCGAACAACUCCAAGACUUGUUGGCGUGCUUGAUUGCUUUCUAACGAUGCGAGCAAAAGGGGAAAAGGAAUUUUUUGUUUCUUCGCAAAAAUCGUUUCUUUCUCGGGAUCGAUCGAGAAAAGAUUUGUCGAGAUAGUCUUGGAUUAAUUUUCCUAUUUGUAUAAUAGUUUAUCAUAAUAUUUAUUAUAUUUAUUAUAUAUUUAUUAUAGUUUUUGAAAAUAAGUUUUGAGUGAAAAAUCACACGAAUUACAAAUUAUUACGAACAAAUUACUUUCGAUUACGAAAUUUCAUCAGCGGGAAAAUCAAAUAAGAAUGAAAUAUUAGUUACACGGGUAACGUAGAGGAUUAAAGAUCCUCGAACGAAAUGAGAUUUGUUUCGAGAUGAAUAUAUGAAUACGACUAGUCAUGAAAUCGAGAUUACUCGAAAUUACUUUCCGCUCUGUAUAAAGUGUAUGCUUCUUCUUAUCUCACAGUCUGAUCUCAUCACUAGACGCGAGACACGUCUCGGGACAAAUCUCACGAUUUAAAAGAAGUACUUUAAAUUAUUCCGUGAAAUCGUGGAUCGAUCGAGAGGUUGCGUGUUCGUCAGAGGAGAAGGACCAAGCGAUACGAGCGAGGGGAA